AAGGAUAAGCUGCCUGAAAACCUUCUGUCAGACCUGAGCCUGCAGAGCCUGACGGCGCUCACCUCCCAGGUGGAGAACAUCUCUAACACUGUCCAGCAGCUGCUGCUCUCCAAAGCUGCUGUGCCCCAGAAAAAGGGCAUCAAGACCCCAGCAAGGACCCCUGAGCAGCUCAAAGGGCAGCACUGCAGCCCUGAGAGCAGCACCUACUCGGCAGAGCAGGUGGGGACCCCCCUGUCUGACCCGCUGAGCACCCCCCAGUCCGUCCACGCCGAGACACAGGAUGCUGACUAUCUCAGUGGGUCAGAGGACCAGCUGGAGAGGAGCUUCCUGUACUGCAACCAGAACCGCAGCCCUGCCCGCGUCAACAGCAACUCCAAGGCGAAGCCCGAGUCAGUGUCCACCUGCUCCGUGACCUCCCCAGAUGACAUGUCCACCAAAUCGGAUGACUCCUUCCAGAGCAUCCACGCCAGCCUGCCCCUGGAGACCUUCACCAAGUAUGUGACCAAUGAAAGGGACUGUCCCCGACUGCUCCUCAGCGCCCUGUCCCAGGAGGAGCUGGCUUCCGAGAUCAUCGUUCUGCAGGAUGCCAUCAGUGAGAAAGGGGACAAAGCCUGGGCCAACUUGCCCAUGCUCAGCAAGGAGCCCACCAAGUCCCCCUUCCAGCUGGAGAACCGCCGGCCCAGUCUGGACUCAAUGGUGAAGGGUGCCUGGCCUAGCCAGGGUGACUCCAGCACGCUCACUGAACCUCUCAAGCUGGACAAGGCUUCAGGGGCCAGUGCGGGGAAGGACUUCAGCGAGGAGGUGUAUGAGGGUCCCCAGGUGGAGUUCACAGCCACUGAAACCAAGGAUAAUGCCAUGGAGCACUUUGAGUGGCCGGAGGAGAGCCUGGGUGAGGCGUGUCUGCGGUGGAAGGACCUUCAGGCCACUGACCUCCCCAAGAACUUGUUUCCCAGCAAAUUGGUGAGCUCCUGCAAGGAGAAAAAAAACGCCUGCGGCUUGGAUCUGUGUGACGGUGAGCAGCCGGCCAAAAGUGAGCCAGCCCAGGACUUUGGCCAGCAGGCGAUAGAGGAGGAGGAGGAGACGCUGACCUACGAUGAAGCGACAAAGGCAGACAGUGAGAGGUGGCUGCAGGACACCCGGCACUGCUGCUCAACUGGGGACUUCAGUGAGCUCCCCAUCAUCUCCUCACCGGAGCUGAAGGAGUCAGACCUGGAGGCAGAGGAGUAUUCCUCGCUCUGUGAGCUGGCCGGCUCAGAGCAGAAGUCGGUGACGUACGACGCCUCGCCGCCCAAGGCCCCAGAGAUGCCAGCUGUGCUGUCCUCCAGCGAGGUGCCUGUGUCUGCUGAGGAGACC